UCCGUUACUCAGCUGAAGCCAUGGCAACAGAAGGGCAGAAAGUGGUGCUGAUCACCGGCUGCUCGUCCGGUAUCGGGAUGGGCAUCGCCGUGAUGCUCGCGAGAGACGAGAUGAAGCGCUACUACGUCAUAGCUACGAUGCGGGAUCUGAAGCGGAAGGAUAAGUUGGUUGAAGCGGCUGGAGACGCGUACGGGCGAACUCUGUCUCUGCUCACGCUGGACGUCUGCAGCGAUGAAUCUGUCAAACAGUGUGUCGACAGCAUCAAAGAUCGACAUAUAGACAUACUCAUCAAUAACGCUGGCGUCGGUCUGGUGGGGCCCAUUGAGGCUCUCAGUCUGGACGACAUGAAGCAGGUGUUCGAGACCAACUUCUACGGUGCGGUGCGCAUGAUUAAAGAGGUCAUGCCCGACAUGAAGAGGAGACGCUCUGGACACAUCGUCGUCAUCAGCAGCGUACUGGGCCUGCAUGGUGUGGCGUUUAAUGACGUCUACUCUGCGUCAAAGUUCGCCACGGAGGGAUUGUGUGAGGGUCUCGCCAUCCAGCUGCUCAAGUUUAACGUCUCUGUGUCGAUGAUCGAGCCCGGGCCUGUAAACACCGAGUUUGAGAUGAAGUUGAUGGCAGACGUUUCUAAGAAAGAGUUCAUCGGUGCUGAUGCCGAGACGCUCUAUCACUUCAGGAACUGCUACCUGCCCACUCAAGUGAACCUCUUUCAAGGCCUGGGACAAACACCUGAAGACAUCGCCAAGGUCACUAAAAAGGUGAUUGAGUCGCCUCAUCCUCCAUUCCGUAACCUGACGAAUCCUCUGUACACUCCGAUCGUGGCGCUGAAGUAUGCGGACGAGACGCGCAGCCUGUCUAUUCACACCUUCUAUCACAUGCUGUACAACCUGGGAGGAGUCAUGGAUGUUAGUGUGAGACUCAUGAAGUACCUGACCCCUGGAUGGUUACGGAGACGAACCAUCUCACCAGCCUAACACACACAUCUCCUGAGAAUACUUACAAAGAUCAAUCAUCUCGUCUAACAGAUGCACACAAACACUCUAUGGACACACUGAAGCUCAAGUCGCCAUUGGCUAGUAAAUCCUUUUUACUUUUAUGUGGAAUGCAAGAACAAUACAUUCCACGUAAAAAGUAUAAUAUAAAAAAUACAUUUCAAACAUUAUUAAAUACAAAUAAACAUUCUGUAAUAAAAUAAAAACAUUUAUUGUACGGGGCUGUUGAAUGCUCGAAUCUGAUUGGUUGACCAGCGUUCUAAGGUGUGCAAUUAUUUUCAGAGAAACACACGGCUAAAGUAGUUCCAGCAGGUCUUGACCUGCAUUACAGUUCCAUAUCAAUUCGCCAAAUGAUUUUCAAAAGGUCCUUAUAGCCUAUAACCGCAAAAGAACCAAAACCCACAACGACACCGACCAAGCAAAUAAAUAUAGUAAACAAUAGGAUAAAAACGACAAAUUAUUGUCAUGGUUUUUGCCACAAAAUAUGUUUCAUUGUGUCCUGAAAGCUCUCGCGUGUUCUCUCUCUUUCAAACGUACACACGUACUGUAUCGUACAGACACACACGCACGGAAACGUUUGGUCAGCGCUGCUCGGGUGUGUAUUAUUUUCUACAUACAUAAUCAAACUACAAAUAAACACAAUAGAAAAAAGAUUCAAAUGAAAUAAACAGUGCUUUUCAGGUUUGAUACAGAUUAGGUAGAUUAGGUACAGAAACUGAAUAAAGUCAUCAAAUGUAAAAUAACACUGCAUAGACUUCACUGUGUAAAUUAAAUAUAGAUGAAUCCUUAUUAAAGUUAUAAAAAUUGAGGCAAGAGCAGUGAGUAAUUGUUUGCUGCGAGUCUUUUGUUGUUUGAUACAAAAAAUUCUUCAAAAUAAUUACAUCAAUAAACAUAUCAAUAAUGUAUAUGCACUCAAACAUCCGCUCCAAAUUAUUAAAGAAAACAACUGACAAACAAACUUACUUAACACUUCCCAUAGAAAGGAUUCAAAGGACAUAUUGGUUGUCCACUCAAACACAAACACCAUACCAAUUCAAAGAAACAAAGUGAAGAAGUGAGAUUUACUUAUAGACCUGGACCAGGGGUGUAUGGGUAAUGCAGUGCUAAAAGAUUAGAUCCACAACAACUCAGUUUCAGUGUAUCAGUAUUAGUGUUUGACAUACUUGAGUGUCUGCAGUGUGUUUGGAUCCUUCAGUUUGUCAGCUUGACUCCUGAACCUUCCUCUGUCGCCAUACAGCCAGACAACUUACAGAGAGAUUUGUAUUAUGUUACCUUAGAAUUACACAUAUACAUUCAAAGAUGUAAACAUAGCACAGUGUUCAUUCAGUAAUUGCACAGCUAAACAGAUGUGUUUUGAGUCUUUGAAUGAUUUGAAUGUGACUGAUGGAGCACAUCUGAUCUAUUCAGGAAGCUGGUUCCAUAAUUGCUAAAAGCAGACUCUCCUUGCUUUGAGUAAACCCCUGGUAUUUUUAAUUGACUUGAUCCUGAUGAUCCGAGUGUUCUGUUAGGCUUAUAUUCAGUGAGCAUAUCUGUAAUGUAUUGAGGUCAUAGGCCAUUGAGUGAUUUAUAAACAAGUAAUAGUAUUUUAAAACCAAUUCUAAAUGUAAUGACUGCUCAGAAUCUUGGCAGCAGCAUUCUCCGUAAACGCAUGAAUAAAUUUAUCUAUUUAU